CCCCGGAAGCGGUGAUAGACAGUUCUGUGUGGGUCUCCACCCCCCCCCCCCCCAGCUGAGUGGAGGAGUUGAUAUGUCUCAUUAUAACAGCCAAUGCAGCCGCCAUCCACGCACAAGCAAAGAAGCAUGUCCCAUUUAAAUACACCCACGCAGCCCCAGCGCCCUUAGCCGAUCAGGGCGCGCAGCCCACACGCACCGCGGCUCCGGGCUUGGAGAUCCGAGCAGGUCGGGCUCCGGGAACCCGCGGAUCGACGCUCACGGAAGAUCGGAAUCCGACUCUGGUUGGGGGCCCGGGUGGGCGGGGGAGGCUGGGCCCCGGGCCUCUCUGGCGGACAGCCGCAUGAGGACGCGAGCGAAAUAGACCAGGGUGGACUUGCCAAGGCAGACUCUUCGGACUGGUUUGGUCCAUUUCUCCCGCGAAGAGUCGACAUGGCGAGCGACUCCCCAGCUCGCAGCUUGGAUGAAAUCGAUCUCUCCGCCCUGAGGGACCCUGCAGGGAUCUUUGAGUUGGUGGAACUUGUCGGAAAUGGAACGUACGGUCAAGUUUAUAAGGGUCGUCAUGUCAAAACAGGACAGCUUGCAGCCAUUAAGGUUAUGGAUGUCACAGGGGACGAAGAGGAGGAAAUCAAACAAGAAAUUAACAUGUUGAAGAAAUAUUCUCAUCACAGGAACAUUGCAACAUACUACGGUGCUUUCAUCAAAAAGAACCCUCCAGGCAUGGAUGACCAGCUAUGGUUGGUGAUGGAGUUCUGUGGUGCUGGCUCCGUCACUGACCUGAUCAAGAACACGAAGGGCAACACACUGAAAGAAGAGUGGAUUGCGUACAUCUGCAGGGAGAUCUUACGGGGCCUGAGUCACCUGCACCAGCACAAAGUGAUUCACCGAGAUAUUAAAGGGCAGAAUGUCCUGCUGACUGAAAAUGCAGAAGUUAAGCUAGUGGACUUCGGAGUGAGUGCCCAGCUUGACCGAACAGUGGGCAGGAGGAACACAUUCAUUGGGACCCCCUACUGGAUGGCACCAGAAGUCAUUGCCUGUGAUGAGAACCCAGAUGCCACGUAUGAUUUCAAGAGUGACUUGUGGUCUUUGGGAAUCACCGCCAUUGAGAUGGCAGAAGGUGCACCCCCCCUCUGUGACAUGCAUCCUAUGAGAGCCCUCUUCCUCAUCCCCCGGAACCCAGCGCCUCGCCUCAAGUCUAAGAAGUGGUCAAAAAAAUUCCAGUCAUUUAUUGAGAGCUGCUUGGUAAAGAACCACAGCCAGCGACCAGCCACAGAGCAGCUGAUGAAGCACCCGUUCAUUCGAGACCAGCCUAAUGAGAGGCAGGUCCGCAUCCAGCUGAAGGACCACAUCGACAGAACAAAGAAGAAGCGGGGAGAAAAAGAUGAGACUGAGUAUGAAUACAGUGGAAGUGAGGAGGAAGAGGAAGAGAACGACUCCGGAGAACCCAGCUCGAUUCUGAACCUGCCAGGGGAGUCGACACUGCGGCGAGAUUUCCUGAGACUGCAGCUGGCAAACAAGGAGCGCUCAGAGGCCCUGCGGCGGCAGCAGCUGGAGCAGCAGCAGCGUGAGAAUGAAGAACACAAGAGGCAGCUGCUGGCUGAGCGCCAGAAGCGCAUCGAGGAGCAGAAGGAGCAGAGACGGAGGCUGGAGGAGCAACAGAGGCGAGAAAAGGAGCUCCGGAAGCAGCAGGAGCGGGAACAGCGCCGACACUAUGAAGAGCAGAUGCGCAGGGAGGAGGAGAGGAGGCGCGCGGAGCAUGAGCAGGAGUACAUCAGGCGUCAGUUAGAGGAGGAGCAGAGACAGUUAGAGAUCUUACAGCAGCAGCUACUGCAUGAACAAGCUCUACUUCUGGAAUACAAGCGCAAACAGCUGGAAGAGCAGAGGCAAGCGGAAAGACUUCAGAGGCAGCUAAAGCAAGAGCGGGACUACCUGGUUUCCCUCCAGCAUCAGCGGCAGGAGCAGAGGCCCCUGGAGAAGAAGCCACUGUACCAUUACAAGGAGGGCAUGAGUCCCAGUGAGAAGCCAGCCUGGGCCAAAGAGGUAGAAGAACGCUCAAGACUAAAUAGACAGAGUUCGCCUGCCAUGCCUCACAAGGUCGCCAACAGGAUCUCUGACCCCAACCUGCCCCCAAGAUCGGAGUCCUUCAGCAUCAGUGGGGUUCAGCCUGCUCGGACACCCCCAAUGCUCAGACCUGUUGACCCCCAGAUCCCACAGCUGGUAGCUGUAAAAUCCCAGGGACCUGCCUUGACCGUCUCCCAGUCAGUGCACGAGCAACCCACAAAGGGCCUGUCUGGGUUCCAGGAGGCUCUGAAUGUGACCUCUCACAGGGUUGAGAUGCCACGCCAGAACUCAGAUCCCACCUCAGAAAACCCUCCUCUCCCGACUCGCAUUGAGAAGUUCGACCGAAGCUCUUGGUUACGACAGGAAGAAGAUAUUCCACCAAAGGUGCCUCAAAGAACAACUUCUAUAUCCCCAGCAUUAGCCAGGAAGAAUUCCCCUGGGAAUGGCAGUGCUCUGGGCCCCAGACUUGGAUCUCAACCUAUCAGAGCAAGCAAUCCUGAUCUCCGCAGAACAGAGCCUGUCCUGGAGAGCCCCUUGCAGAGGACCAGCAGCGGCAGUUCCUCCAGCUCCAGCACUCCCAGCUCCCAGCCCAGCUCCCAAGGAGGCUCUCAGCCUGGCUCACAAGCAGGAUCUAGUGAACGAACCAGAGUUCGGGCCAACAGUAAGUCAGAAGGAUCACCCGUGCUCCCCCACGAACCUUCCAAGGUGAAACCCGAAGAGUCCAGAGACAUCACCCGGCCCAGUCGACCAGCUAGCUAUAAGAAAGCUAUAGACGAGGACCUGACGGCAUUAGCUAAAGAAUUAAGAGAACUCCGGAUUGAAGAAACAAACCGCCCGCUGAAGAAAGUGACCGACUACUCCUCCUCCAGUGAAGAGUCAGAGAGCAGUGAGGAGGAGGAGGAAGAUGGGGAGAGUGAGGCACACGAUGGGACAGUGGCUGUCAGCGACAUCCCCAGACUAAUACCAACGGGAGCUCCGGGGAGCAACGAGCAGUACAACGUGGGAAUGGUCGGGACACAUGGAUUGGAGACCUCACACGCGGACACCUUCGGCAGCAGCAUUUCCAGAGAAGGAACUUUGAUGAUCAGAGAGACGGCUGAAGAGAAGAAGCGAUCUGGCCACAGUGACAGUAAUGGCUUCGCAGGUCACAUCAACCUCCCAGACCUUGUGCAGCAGAGUCACUCCCCAGCUGGAACUCCCACCGAGGGACUGGGUCGUGUCUCCACCCAUUCCCAGGAGAUGGAGUCUGGGACUGAAUAUGGCAUGGGAAGCAGCACCAAAGCCUCCUUCACCCCCUUCGUGGACCCCAGAGUGUACCAGACAUCGCCCACUGAUGAAGAUGAGGAAGAUGACGAGUCCUCCGCUACUGCCCUCUUUACUAGUGAACUUCUUAGGCAAGAACAAGCUAAACUCAAUGAAGCGAGGAAGAUUUCCGUGGUAAAUGUGAACCCAACAAACAUUCGCCCUCAUAGUGACACGCCUGAAAUCAGAAAAUACAAGAAACGCUUCAAUUCCGAAAUACUUUGUGCAGCUCUGUGGGGUGUGAACCUUCUGGUGGGAACUGAAAACGGCCUGAUGCUCUUGGACAGAAGUGGCCAAGGCAAAGUCUACAAUCUGAUCAACCGGAGGCGUUUCCAGCAGAUGGACGUCCUAGAAGGGCUCAAUGUCCUGGUGACAAUAUCAGGAAAGAAGAAUAAGCUGCGUGUUUACUAUCUUUCAUGGCUAAGAAACAGAAUACUGCACAAUGACCCGGAAGUGGAAAAGAAGCAGGGCUGGAUCACAGUCGGGGACCUGGAAGGCUGUAUCCAUUACAAAGUUGUUAAAUAUGAGAGGAUCAAGUUCUUGGUGAUUGCCUUAAAGAAUGCAGUGGAGAUAUAUGCUUGGGCUCCUAAGCCUUAUCACAAGUUCAUGGCGUUUAAGUCUUUUGCAGAUCUUCAACAUAAACCUCUGCUUGUUGACCUCACAGUAGAAGAGGGUCAAAGGUUAAAGGUCAUUUUUGGCUCACACACUGGUUUCCAUGUAAUUGAUGUUGAUUCUGGAAACUCCUAUGAUAUCUACAUACCGUCCCAUAUCCAGGGCAACAUUACUCCUCAUGCCAUUGUCAUCUUGCCCAAAACGGAUGGAAUGGAAAUGCUUGUCUGCUAUGAGGAUGAGGGGGUGUAUGUGAACACCUACGGCCGGAUCACGAAGGAUGUGGUGCUCCAGUGGGGAGAAAUGCCCACGUCUGUGGCCUACAUUCAUUCCAAUCAGAUAAUGGGCUGGGGCGAGAAAGCUAUUGAGAUCCGGUCAGUGGAAACAGGACAUUUGGAUGGAGUAUUUAUGCAUAAGCGAGCUCAAAGGUUAAAGUUUCUAUGUGAAAGAAAUGAUAAGGUAUUUUUUGCAUCCGUGCGAUCUGGAGGAAGUAGCCAAGUGUUUUUCAUGACCCUCAACAGAAAUUCCAUGAUGAACUGGUAACGGAAGAGCACUUGGCACUUAUCUUCAUGGCGUUCUUUCUAAUGUAAAAGAACAUAACUCGUGUGGACGUUUGCCGGUCUAGAGGCAGACUCAGAAGGCCUGGUUGAACAUCCCGCUUUCCCGUUUCCUCUCCCUCCAUCCCUCCCAAUAGAGUCCCUCUUUCAGUGUUGCAGCCUGGUUGAGAAGGAGAGAAAGAGGUGGCAGGAAUGUCCGGGAGAUCCCAAGGAUGCUGCAUUGUCUGUGGACACAGUUGGACCUUGUGCCCUGCGGAGUUAGGGAUAGAAACAAACAUUGUGUGCUUUUAUGAUUAAGCUGUGUUCGUGCUGGCUUUUCAGUUCUUUUGGUCUGGGAUUUUUUUUUAACUUUUUUCUUUGCCCCCUUAUUUUGUAAGAAUGGGGAAAUAAUGCAUACUGGGAAAUUAGACUUUUUUUGUUUUUAAUUCUGUCUGCCUGCUAGCUUUAAGUAUAUGGUAUGUUGUAAAAUUUCCAAUUCCCAGUAGUGAGAGACAGCACAAUAAAUGUACCUUAUCUCCCUGCACUGAAGGCCAUAACGGCGUUGUCGGGUAAUUUAAGAAUUCUCUUGCCUUCACCAACCCAAGAGAAUGUGUUAUUGUUUUUGUUUUUGUUUUUAAUUGCUACUGGCUAGUGAAUUUUUGAAAGAGAAGCAAAAUGGCUGGUUUUCUCCUCUCUGGGGAAAUAGAUUUUAAAUGGCUAAACUACUAGCCCUAAUCUAAUAAAACCAACUGCUACUGUGGUGAGUCUGGCAGGCCAUAUUUUGAUAUGGCCCUUUCUGGAUGGUGUUGAAUGGGACAGAGAUGCCACUGAGUUGAAUGGUCUUGUGACUGUGGAGGGACUCUGGGAUGCCACUGUCCCUUGAUUAUUAUGCAACAGAUCAGGGCAAAACAUGGGAUGACCUGGGUCACCCAGAAGGAGCGUCUGAGAAAUGAGCUAAUAUGUCUAUGUAAAUACACAUGCGUUCUUUCUUCGAGGCACAAAGCGUCCCUGCUAAAAGGUCCCUUCAUUUGGGCUUUGUUAGGACCGAGACUGACGGAGAUCUUUCCUGGAGCUGGAUUACAUGACAGCCAUGCUCUGGAAACCCAGCUCCCUCCCAAGGGUGCCACUUUCUCAAGAUAAAAACUGUGACAAAGAAGAAUUACUAAUAAAUGUUUCUGAGCUGCCUGUGUUCACACUGGGUCAAGGGACGAGACUCUCAAGCCUGCCGCAGACACUGCAGGCACCAAUAGCUCAGAUUUUAGGGGACCUGAAGGCAAGGCUUUGGCCAAAAUUCUGAGACCCUAGUCACGUUAUGUUCCUCUAAACUUCCCAACAUACUGUUAACAACAUCUGUGCAGAGGUGUGUAUGUGUUUAGUUCAGGCUGACUUGUGUCCUUCUAAACCCUUACUCGAAUGAUUUGAACCUUUAUGUGACUGGCUGGGAUUCUUCCCAAAGCUAUCAGCAUGGCCGCCUAUGGUAUCCAGGUGUUGCGAAAUGGUAUCUGUGCUGUGCUUCCUGUGUUAACCUACCUCGUUUUGUUUGGUUCGUUUCUCUGUUCAUCACAGCAGUGUUAUCUCCAGGAGACAUAUAGAGAGCGCAACUGGGCAAUCUCAGCUGUAUGGAAUAUUUUCAAAACAGUAGUUGACCAAAUUGUUCUUUAAAAAUUGGAGGGAGAAAAAAAAAUCUCCAAUGACAAAAACCUAAUGAGGUUUGUUUUAAAGAAUGCAAUUACUGUAAAUGGAUCAGAAAAAAAAACCAAAAAUCGUGAUCCUACUGAUUUUGCCUAAACAAAUGAGCAGCUAAUGUACUAUUAAUGAGAACGAAGCAUAUGUUAGGAGAAUGGUACCUUUUUAAUCUAGUGGUUUGGCCAAAGGGGAUGAGAAGGGGAAAUAUUCUGAGUUCCGACCUAUAGCUUAUUCUGUACUCCCCAAGGGUGAUGGUCAUGUGCAGUUAUCUGAAGCAGGUAACACACAGGUGUGCAAAGAGGGUGGUCUUCAGGGGUCCCCAGGAUGACCCAUCAUGGUCCCUUAGCUCUCAGAAGCAAUGAAACCCUCCCGUUCUCAUUUUUACUGCUGGGGUUAUGCUGCUGAACAACACUGUCUUUACAAAUUCCAGGGGACAAAUUCAGCAAGAGCUCUGGGUUAAAUUUAGCAACUGCAAAAAUUGGAUGCUGAUAUGAACAUGAAAUAAUGUGGAUUUGGGUCUUGUCUCCAGACGUGAUUGCCACCAGCUCUUUAUAUUGCUGCUGCGACAAUUUGAACCAGAGGCUUCUUAAAUUAUGUUGCAAACUGAUCUUCGUUUUUAUGUUUUGUUUUGUUCUGUUCUUAUUUCUACGUGAUACAUCCAAAACACACAGCUUUAAAUGAUUUUUUAUUGUGGGACUUUGGGUACAGUUAAGAAAUAAAAGGGAAUCAUUGUGUUUAAACAUAAGGUAGUUUGUGAAUGUAUUUUUUAAAAAUCUAGAUUCAUUGGAACAAAAAUCAUAAGAAAACAUAUUAAUGCCGUCUUGUUUACAGUAUGUACGGUGACAUAACAUGAGCUUUUUCUGGUGCCAACAAAGCAAAAUAAAACACAGACGUUAAACAUCAA